CCCCGCCCUCCCUCUGACGUGUUAUUCAGUCGCCUGGUAGCUGUGGUUUCGGGUCAGGUCGGAGGCUUUUUGGAGGACAGUUUAUUCAUCAUGGCCCUGAGGGUGAUCCGACAGAUCAUCCCAUCGGGAUCAGCUGCUGUUAAAGCUGCACACAUCACACAGAAGGCGAGUGUUCACACGAGCUCAGCGAGGAGCCUACAGUAUGGCUGGCUGACCUACGCUUUGGGCGAGAGGACGACGCCAAAGUUAACGCCGACCAGCAAAAUCAUCACCGUGGAUGGCAACUUGGCCUCAGGGAAAGGGGCUCUGGCCUCCAAGCUUGCUGAAAAACUCGGGAUGCUUUACAUGCCUGAGGCUGACACCCACUACAUGGACAGGAUGAGCGGGGAGAAGGACCCCCUUCCUGUUGACUUCAACGGGAUGUGCAGCAUCGAGAAGUUCUACACGGAUCCCAAAGCUGCGGACGGGAACAGCUACCGGCUGCAGCUGUGGAUGUACAACAUGAGGCUGCUGCAGUACGCAGACGCCAUCGAACACAUGCUCACCACAGGCCAAGGAGUGAUCCUGGAGCGCUCUCCCUUCAGUGACUUUGUGUUCCUGGAGGCCAUGUUCAAACAGGGAUACAUCAGGAAGGAGUGUGUGCAGCACUACAACGAGAUCAUAAACAUCAGCCUGAAUGAGUUCCUGCCUCCACAUCUCACCAUCUAUAUUGACGUGCCCGCUGAGGAGGUGCAGAAGAAGUUGAAACAGAGCGACAAGUCCUAUCUUCACGAUGUGCCUCUGUCAUAUCUGAAGAGCAUUGAGGAUGGCUACAAGAAGACGUACCUGCCCAAAAUCAUCGAAACAUCAGAACUGCUUGCUUACGAUUCAAACCAAGCCUUAGAUUUUGAAAGGGUGGCAGAAGACAUCGAGUAUCUGAAGUUUGAAAAAGGGCCGUGGCUGGAGCAGGACGACGUCUGCUACCACCACAUGAGGCUGCUAGUGGGAGACAAACAGGGUGUGUCGCAGCUGACCCACAUCGCCAGGUUUCUGCCGGAGAUCACCAUCGGGGCCCACGAUUACGACGAAAAGUUCUACGCCUAUAAAUCGCUCCCUGGAAAGAAGUAUGUUGCCGGUUAUAACGCAGAUGUGGGAGACAAACUCAUCUGGCUGAAGUGAAUCCACAGCUGCUCACUGUCAUCGGCUGAUCCGCUCUCAGAGUGACCUCCAGCCCACUAGUCAAUUAUUGAUAUAGUUCUAUCCUGUUGUACAUCUUAAAUAAUAUGUAUGUAUUAAAAUAAUACAUUUUGAAACCACA